AUGUCUCUGUAUUCAUCUGAUCGAGUAAUGAAAGAGAGAUUGUGGGAGGUUAAAGGUUGCUUAACCCGAUCGAAGGAAGCACUUUUAGUGCUUGACUGGACCGAAGAAGGAAAGGGGAACGGAAGCACCGGGGCUGUUGGUGGUCUCGGUGGGUCCAGCACGGGGCUACUCAAGCAGCUUCUCGACUACUUGCUUUUGCUCCGAAAAUGGAUCACGAACUAUGAUAUGAAAAGUGCUGCGCGUGUGCUGCACCGCGCAGCAGUAAGAGGUUUGAAGAGGUUUUUUUCAAAAAACAAACAGCACCUAAGGAGCAAGGUGUUAGUUGAAGAUAAGAGAGCUGGUCAUGGAGGAGUUGAUGGACUCACAUUAGCGUGUAUGAGCAAGGUGUUAGUUGAAGAUAAGAGAGUUGGUCAUGGAGGAGUUGAAGGACACACAUUAGCGUGA